AUGCUCCGCAGCACUACUGCUCAAUACCACGGCGCAUCAGUGAACAUCGUACAAGACUUACAGGAUGAGAAACAAGAACAAUGCCUGCACUUUGUUCCGGGGACUGCAACCGUAGACAUCGGCCAAACUCAUGGCUCGGCAACAUUCCUCGCAUCUGGAUUCAUCUACGGCUGGCCAGACAAUGGCACAUCUGCCUCAACCCAGAUCCCUGAGAAUCUGGUAACGGGAUUCAACUUCAAUGCGAAUCGUGCCGGCGGAGCUCAGCUCCCCGUUGGGGGAUGGGCAACAGGUGGUUUAAGUGGUUAUACAGAAAGGUUCCAGUCGGCCUUGUCAAACUACCGGACCACGCGCAAAUAUGGCGGAGAAUUUAUCCUCUUGCCUCACGAUUUGUGGGGUGCAGAUGGCGGCGAGGGCUCAACGUCUCCAUUCCCCGGUGACAAUGGGAAUUGGACCGAGAUGGAGGCCUUUUGGUCCCAAGUCAUAUCAGAUCUAAAGACGAACAAAAUGCUGGAAAGCCUUAUCAUUGACCUCUGGAACGAACCAGAUGGCACGGGUUUCUGGCCUCGCACAUGGGAUCAAUUUCUGGAGUAUUGGAACCGCGCUUUUGUGCUUGUUAGAGCUGGACUGCCUGGAACUCUUAUCAGCGGACCAGCAAUGGCAAAUGCACCAGGCCUCCAGAACAGCAACUGGCUCACUUGGCUUCCAUCCAUCGUCGGCAACAAGACUGUGCCAGACCACUACUCUUGGCACCAAAUCGGGUCCUGGGAGCGUUCCCCCGACCAGAAUGUGCCAGACUUCAAUACGCUGCUCAAACAGUUUGGCGCACCGACGAAACCAAUCGACAACAACGAAUAUGCCUGGCCGUCAGAACAGAAUCCGGCAAAUGCAGCGUGGUACUUGUCUCAGUUCGAGCGUCACGAUAUCCGUGCCUUGCGUGCCAACUGGGGUAGCGGCUCUGACCUGCACAACUGGAUGGCUAAUCUUGUAUACAGCAAAAACGGCACUUACUAUCCCAAUGGUGAGUGGCAAGUCUAUCAUUAUUAUGCAGGCAUGACCGGCGAGAGGCUUGUAACCGCCGCCUCUUCCGACAUUCAGUUUGAUGCCUUUGCUACUCGCCACGGCAAUGCGAUAAAGAUCCUGGCUGGUACCAGAACAAUCCAGGCGCCUUACGAUAUUAGUGUAACCAAUCUCAGCCAGAUUGGCCUUGGGUCAAGUGGAAGUAUCAACGUCCAUGUCUAUCGGUUUGAUUGGAAUGGGACAGAAGGCGAGGUCGACGGCCCUGUUGAUCUAGGCUUGGUAAAGUACUCCUAUACUUCAGACACGCUCAUCAUCACUCUGAAUCCGCCGACAAACUCGACAGCCUACGCUUACGAGUUCUCUGGAUCCUAG